AUGUCUCUCAAGUACAUCCUCCCUGCGCUGGCCGCCAGUCGGGCAGUUUUCGCUGCCACUUCCUGCGGUGAUACCAAGGUCACCACCCAGAGCGACGCUGAUGCGGUCAACACUUGCACCACCAUCAAGGGUGAUAUCACCAUCGACAAGUCCUACAGCGGCGACCUUACGCUCAGCGGUAUCGAGAAGAUUACCGGUGGUCUGAUCUGCUCCGGUGGUCAGAACGUCAGCUCUAUCAGCGCCAGCUCUCUCACAUCGAUCGGCAAAGCCUUCGACUUGGAGGGACUCACCACCCUGACCCUGCUUGACUUCGCUGAGCUCGACUCCGUUGGCUCCAUCAACUGGGAGGCUCUCCCUAAGCUCCAGUCCCUGUCUUUCGCCAAGGGUGUCACCCAGGCCGGCGAUGUCAGCAUCGCCAACACUGGUCUCACUGAUCUGACCGGUAUUACCCUCAAGACUGUCGGUACCUUCAGCAUCCAGAACAACCGUGAUCUGAAGACCAUCAACAUCAACAACCUCAUGAACGCCACCGACUUGAUCAGCUUCUCGGGUAACUACGAUACCCUCGAGGUCGAUCUCCCCAACCUCGGCACCGGUACCAACAUGACCUUCCAGAACAUCUCCUCGGUCUCCCUGCCUUCCCUUGAGAAGCUUACCGGUCAGCUCGGCUUCUGGGGUACCAAGUUCGAGACCUUCUCCGCUCCCAACCUUACCCAGACCGGUGACUUGAUCUUCAAGGACAACACCAAGCUGUCCAACAUCAGCAUGCCCGUUCUGAAGACUGUUGACGGUGGAUUCACCAUUGCCCGUGAUGACAAGCUCUCCACCAUCAGCCUGCCCAUGCUCCAGCGUGUUAACGGUGCCAUUGACUUCAGCGGUACCUUCAACAAGCUUUCUCUUGGUGCUCUCAAGGACGUCGAGGGUAGCUUCAACAUGCAGAGCACCCGCGGUAACUUCAGCUGCGACGAUCUCCGCAAGCUGAAGAGCGACGAUGUCAUCAAGGGUACCUUCAAGUGUGAUGCCACCAACGCCAACGCCACCACUUCCACCGGCACUUCUGGCUCCUCCACCUCUUCCAGCUCCACCACCUCUGCUGCUACCAGCUCCGGUGCUGCCUUCAUGACCGGCGCCAACGUUCCCGUCGUUGGUAUUGCUGCCGUCUUCGGUGCCCUUGCCCAGCUUCUGUAA